AUGUCGUCCCUCGAGGCCAAGAUUGUGGUCCUCGGGUCGCAGGGUGUCGGUAAGACGUCGCUCGUCAUGCGCUAUUGCAAAGGCGAAUUCAACCCAGCCCAAAUCACAUCCACCGUGGGCGCGAGCUUCCAGCCCAAGCGUGUCGUUGACACUGAUACUGAUACGACCGUUCGUCUUCAGAUUUGGGAUACAGCUGGCCAGGAGCGUUUUCGUUCAAUUUCUAGACUUUAUUAUCGUGGCGCGAAUGCCUGCAUCCUUUGCUACAGCAUCACGGAUGCGCAAUCAUUUGCCGAAAUGGGCGUUUGGCUCACCGAACUCCGCCGAAACCUACCCCACGACGUUGUCCUGCACGUUGUAGGCACCAAGGCCGAUAUAGUCACCCGCGACCCGUCAGCCCGCCAGGUCCCAUUCGAGCGUUGCAUUGCCUAUGUCGCCGAGAACCUUGCCCCUGGUGUUGGCAACACCCCCCCACCGACCGCCGUCGCGACUCCCAUGGCCGGGUUUGCUGCCACCUCGCCCUCCGCGUCCACCGGUGCCAUUCCUUCGUCCAGCGCAGACCCCCAUAGCCCCAGUUCUAAGCGAAGCUCGGGUUUCUGGGGCCAGGAAGUUGGAUGGGAUGCAUGCCAUGAGGUCAGUGCUGAGAGCGGCGAGGGUGUGGAGGAGGUCUUUCGAGUCGUGACCCGGAAGCUUGUUGAACAAAACCGCAAGAUUCAGCAGGCGCUGCUGGCAGCUACUACCACCCCGGCGACGCCUGGCUAUGAUUCUGGUCUGGAUGGGGGCUAUUUCGAGGGUAUGGCUGGCAGAGGAAGCUUUCGAGUCGGCCGAGACAGGAGGAGCUGGCUCUUCUCCCCUGGGUUUUCUCCUGCCAUCACGGUUGACCAGCCUGGUGUCAGUCAGGACCAGACACAACAGCAAGGCCCCGCGAAACCGCCCAAGAAGUGUUGCUAA